CCGCGCGCUCUGGCCCCCGCCGCACUCCGCGCCCCAGAACCACUGACACCGCACCCGAGCCGCCUACAACCAGCUCACUUCUCGUCGGUCUCCUGGCCCUGCAGCUCGGGAGCUCUUGGGAACUCUGCGCCCAGCUCCCGGACUCCACGUGCCCUGCGGUUCCCGGUCUCCCAUAGUCCCCAUGGCCACCCUGAAGGGCGAGCUAGGAGACGACUAAGGAAGCCCAGACGGUGCCCGUCCAGUACCCUGCGGGUUGCGCGGCGGGAGUCUGCGCGGAGCUAUGCUGAGGCCCCGGGGUGCGGAGGAAGCUGCGCUGCUCGCCCAUCGGCGUGCCCGCGUCUUGGUUCCCGCACCCAGACCCGCGGCCCCCGACGUGUCCCCUGCUUCCACCCGCCUGGGUCUUGCCUGCCUGCUGCUGCUGCUACUGCUGACUCUGCCAGCCCGUGUGGACACAUCCUGGUGGUACAUAGGGGCACUGGGAGCCCGAGUGAUCUGUGACAACAUCCCUGGUUUAGUGAGCCGGCAGAGGCAGCUGUGCCAGCGCUACCCAGACAUCAUGCGCUCAGUGGGCGAAGGUGCCCGAGAAUGGAUCCGAGAGUGUCAGCACCAGUUCCGCCAUCACCGCUGGAACUGCACCACACUGGACCGGGACCACACUGUCUUUGGCCGUGUCAUGCUUAGAAGUAGCCGGGAGGCAGCAUUUGUAUAUGCCAUCUCAUCAGCAGGAGUGGUCCAUGCUAUCACUCGGGCCUGCAGCCAGGGUGAAUUGAGUGUGUGCAGCUGUGACCCAUAUACCCGUGGUCGGCACCAUGACCAACGAGGGGACUUUGAUUGGGGUGGCUGUAGUGACAACAUCCACUACGGUGUCCGCUUUGCCAAGGCUUUUGUGGAUGCCAAAGAGAAGAGGCUUAAGGAUGCCCGGGCCCUCAUGAACUUGCAUAACAACCGCUGCGGUCGCACGGCUGUGCGGCGAUUUCUGAAGCUGGAAUGUAAGUGUCAUGGUGUGAGUGGCUCCUGUACUCUACGCACCUGCUGGAGAGCACUCUCAGACUUCCGCCGCACUGGUGACUACCUGAGACGGCGGUAUGACGGGGCUGUGCAGGUGACUGCCACCCAGGAUGGUGCCAACUUCACAGCAGCCCGCCAAGGCUAUCGCCAUGCCACCCGGACUGAUCUUGUCUACUUUGACAACUCCCCUGACUACUGUGUCUUGGACAAGGCUGCAGGUUCCCUAGGUACCGCAGGCCGUGUCUGCAGCAAGACAUCUAAAGGAACAGAUGGUUGUGAAAUCAUGUGUUGUGGCCGAGGGUACGACACAACUCGAGUCACCCGUGUCACCCAGUGUGAGUGCAAAUUCCACUGGUGCUGUGCUGUGCGGUGCAAAGAAUGCAGAAACACUGUGGAUGUGCACACUUGCAAGGCCCCUAAGAAGGCAGAGUGGCUGGACCAGACCUGAAUAUGCAGAUACCUCAUUCAUCCCUCCACCUCAAGCCUCCAACUCAAAAGCACAAGAUCCUUGCAUGCACACCUUCCUCCACCCUCAAUCCUGGGCUGCUACAGCUUCUGAUAUGGACUUGGAAAGUGAUCCAGAGGGACCCCAAUGUCCUGGCUGGUUCCUUAGCCCUAGGAAGGAGUUGAUAGGGGAUGGAUAUGAGAUUGAGUGGCUCCCUGAUGUCCCAUCUGGAGGUUUGAAGGGAGAGUAGAAGAGGUAGGAAUCUGUCUUCAGAGUGAUUUGAGUUGCACUAAAGUCAAGGCUCAUUUUCCCCCUUGCUUGCACUGACUUCUGAUACUCUUUGGGUAUGCAACAGAAAGGGAAUCUGGAAGUAGCUUCCUUUUUGAUCCUACUGUAGCCAAGGACAGAUAGGACAGAGAUAAAAACUGUCUGUCCCUUCACUGGAGACAGUUUGUGCAGACAAUUUUAGGGUAUAGUAUUCUGCUGGGCCCCUGAGAUAACUAGAUGUGUUAGCCAUGGUGAAUAAGGCUCCAUAUCAUGCUCUUACACAGCUUGUAAACUAGUGGUUUUUUGAGGGAGGAAAUGACAUAACUAUACAAAUACACAGUCUCUGUAUCGCCUUUUCAAUCUACAUCAGACAACAGCAGCCUGGGGGCUGCCUGUUCAGAGUAAGGUAGUUUGCAGUGGUUCAAAGUCUUAACAGACCAUUAGAGCCCUGGAACAGAACUGUAAGAGAAUAGUAUAGUAAGCCUGGCUAGGCCUUGGGACUUCCCCCCUAUCAAUUAUUCUGGACAUUAGGUAGGUUUUGAAAAGACUAAGUAAAAGGCAGGCAACUCAUGGGAGGGUAAGCACAGCUGAUCUGAAGGGUUGCAUGAGGACCAGUGUACACUAGGCAGGCAGAGAGCUCUCAUUCUGGCAGUUCUCUGGGAGAGGACCUUCAGCACUGAAGUAGGAGCAAAAGCAAGUGACGAUACAGAGAAAGAGCCGGGGCUGGAGCCAAAGUGAUAAACGCCUUAGAAGACAGUAGCCUUCCCCCAUUUACUCAGCAAAUCUUCAUUUUGUGAUUCUCCAAGUCCUACUGAUAACUACUGUCCAUUCCAUGAUUGACUUACACAGGGAGGGUUCCCUCUAUGCUACUAGCUAUUGCCUAACUAGCGUAUGCAGUGGUGGAAUCUUCGAAGGCAGCAGGCAUGGUAAGCUAGGUAGGACAUGGGGUUUGAAAUCUUGAUGGCCUACACAGUGAUCAUCUUCUUGCCUAUUGAUAAACAGCAACAGUAUUGAAAUCUGCAGUUAUGUCAGACCUAGGUUUAAUCCCAGCUAUUUACUUGCUGUGUUCUUUAUUUUCAGCAGGGUCUUUAGAUUCUCCUGGCCUAUUUUCUUAUCUGUAAAAUGAGGGUGCAUGCCUCACUCAGAUAUUGAGAUUUAACUGUGUCCUAAACGCCAGCCAACAGAUACACUUCAUCAAGCCUCUGACUGGUCAAGUACAUCCUAACUUCUCUAGGAACUUCUAAUUCAGGACUGUCUGGUCUUGACAACAGACUGGAGAUUAAGGAACAUUCACAAGGAAUUCUGCAUAUAGGGCCUCUCUCUUCUCUCAGGUUCCUCUUCAUCCAAUCAGGUUCUCAGAUGUUUGUGGAGCAACUUCAUUUUUGUCCAGGCAGCAGGAGGUGGGGAGGAUAUGUGUGUGUGGCUCUGGCCACAGAGGCAGAUUUAUUUGGAUGAUAGGACUAAUAUUUGUGUAACCUGCUGAGACCUGUGUGGGAGAGUUUAGGGUGGUUUUUCUUUUGGUGAGGGGAUUUGCUCUGGUUUCACAUCCAUUAACACAAAACAUGAGCUAGUCAGGGCCCUUGUGGUCUGUGGUGAGGGGAUGACUGGAGAAAUGGGACUGAAUGAGUCAGGCCGAGAGAAUGUCUUCCUUGCAGAGUAGAGUCAACUGGAUAACUGAUGAGCUGGUGGUGGGAUUAGGGAGGGGGAAUGGGAGGGGAAGAAGAACUUCUCUUAAAAGGAAGGAAGCUUUGGGAGGAGGGGUGAGACAUCCAAGUUUCUACAUCAAUGAUGGCAUAGGCUUCAACGGGAAAGCCAACCUGAGUUUAAUCUACCUGUUCGGUACCACCUACUCUUUGAUUUGGGGUUCUUAGUUUAUGGAAAGAUGUGGUAGACCUCUGUGGCAUCUCAUAGUACUCCAUGUAAUUCUAGCUGAUAAAGAUGCACAACCGCUUAUAAAUGGUUAAGAGAGAAAUAGCUGUCCAGGGAGUGAGAAGUUUGUAAAGUGAGGUGUUUAUAUGAGAGAAAAAAUGUCUAUCUGAGCCCUGCUACAGAAGCUGUGUGGCCCCAACAAGGAAUGAUGGCCAAGCAAUUAAUUUCUCCUUAGAACUUAGCUUGUUUCUGCAUUCCAAUUGGCUUUAGACAACUGGCGUUCAUUCUCCACUAUACAAACAGAAACUGAUUUAUUUGGAACAAGCAACAAAACAAGAGCUUUAUUUGGUGCUGGGCUCCAUACAGCUCUGCUACUCCUCAUCUGUUGUGAAGGCCCCUACCCCAUUUAUUCUCUGUGGUAGAAGUUUAUCCUCCAUCGGCAGUGUCUUAACUUCUUUCCCCCUACCCUUUCCCCUUGUUAGUCCUCAUUUCUUUUAACUUCUGAUAAAUAUUUAGUACAGUGCAUUUCAGUAAGUGCUAUUUGGAUACAAAGUGAACUUAGAAGAUACUGUUUCUAUCCUUUAGGGUUAAUAGAGUCUUUUGGGGGAAGGCACAUGACUAACGUACCUCAGCUGCACAGCCUGCAGCCAGUGUCUUUUAAACAGAAGAGUCAGGGUUAUGGCUCGCACUCUGGAAGGCUGAUGCAGGAAAACUGCUGUGUUUGUGAGCAGGCUGUGUUAGACAGUGUGUUCCAUGCUAGCCUAAGAACACAUGUGAGACCCUGUCUCCAACAAACAAAAACCAGAAAGGAAGAAUGCCAGUCAUAGCCUAUAAUCCAGCACUAGAGAAAAGAACCAAAGUUUACUGUUUCAGCUCUAAAUAAUGGCAUUAAUUCACACUCUUCAUUAGAGCAAAUGUAAAUGUAAAUCAGGGACUUCAGAUUAAAAGAAGAAAACCCUGUCCUGAGGUUCUGCUUGCAAAAAGCUCUGUGGAUCUAACUUAUGAGCACUCUUGGCUUCAUUUCUCUUCCUCUUUGCUGCAGGAGACUGUUCUUCCCCUUUCACACCCCUUAUCAAGAACACCAGCCACCAAGCGCCUUGCCAGAUUCUUAGACCCAUUCAGGACAGAAGUUUCUGCAUGGCUUAAUAGAAGACAGAUAAUCAGGAUUUCCCACCCCCACCCCUGCCUUUCUAAAAUUUUUAUUUAAAUGCUCUCAGUGGUCAUAGGGCAGAAGCCCAAGCUAGCUUGGGAUAAUGGAGGCCGCCAGGGAGAGUAUGUUUCUCAUCCCUGGGAGGCAUUCAGCCUAGCUCCUGCAGCCAAAUUACAGCAGCAGAGAACAAUGCAGCGCAUUCCUGGGCAGGUCGGUGGGCCCUGGGCGCCUGGGUCUGGUGGAGAGAGGUGCCAGACACAGAGUGCUCCGUAAGCAACCCUGCAGAGCUGGCCCUGGGUGCAGAAAUGAAAUACAGAGAGCUUCACAUUACACACCUGGUUAUUGAUGGCCUCGCUGGAGGCCUCUGCCCCCACCUUCCACUUGGGAACUGCCUGUACUGCGGGGGUUGGGCAUCUUUGAAGCAAUGCUGGAAAAUAAGAAAGACAUGCUUCCUUCUUACUCUUUGCCCUUCCUGUCAGCCUGAGCACAACCAUGAGGACACACACAUACACGCAUGCAGAAGGUGUGCUCAAAAUGGAUUCACACAGCUUUUCUCAGGCUGAAUGGGAAUUACAGUAGCCUCACCUCUCCAACAAUUAAAAACUAGCAACCAGAUCCCCCCUAAAACCAUACCAACAACAGGGUCAGCUACAAGCAAGGAAUGUUUCAAAACUACAUUAUCAACAUGCAAUGCAAUGUUUGUUUUGGGAAUUGGUACUCUCCCGGGAGGUGGUGGAGGAAGGACACAGAAAGGGCAUGGAGAAAAGAGAUCAAGGGUGGAGAAUUACCACCCAAGCAGAGUGGCUGAGGCUGUGCAACUUCUCAAACCUGCUUUGCACAGAGGACAGGGAGGAGUGCAUCCUAUGUGUCCUGACUGGCCAGUCUCCCGGCGACUGCUUUGAGGUGUACACAGUCACUGAGCUUGGUGUUUAUGACCUGUUGUUGUUUUGAACUUACUGGGCUACAAAACAGGGCACCUUUGAUUCCAGGAAUGAUCUCUGUAAGAGAGGUGGCUUCAGAGCACAAGCUUUACUGGAGUAAAUACGUUGCUGACUGAACUCAGCUGUCUCAGGAGCGGUUUUUCUCUUUGGAUGAUUGGCAUGUUUUAGGUAGUAGACCUGAACCUAGCCCCAAAGUUAAAAGGGACAGAAGUCUGUAAACUACUUACCCCGCUUCCCUGCAUAUCCUGGAUUAUCUCUGAGCAUCAUUCAGGAUUUGAAAACACAAGAUGAGCAUUCUCUGCUCUGCUCCCUAACUCUGAGGUACCUUUUCUUUGUUCAUUUAGAGCAGCAGGACAUAGGAGUUCUUUAACCAAAAAGGCCAAAAUUCUGAUGACAUUUUGUCAAUACUACUAGACCCUGUAUGCAGCCAAGCCAGUUUCAUCCUUCGACACAUUCCAAGGUGGGGCCUUCCCCAAGAAUAACAGUAAUGCUCACAAAAGCCUUUUGUGCACAAAAUGCUUGGGCUGUAGUAUAGAUCUCACAAUCACACCAGGGGUUGUGAGGUGGGGAGUACUCUAUGGAGCCAUUCAGAGGGGUUGAGUGAAUGAUCCAGCCAGAAUACAAACCUAGUUUGGUUUUUUUUUUGUUCUUGUUUUUCUGUUUUGCCCCUACUUCCCAAGACUGGGUCUCUAUAGUCCUGGCUGUCUUUGUAGACCAGGCUGGCUUUGAACUUACAGAGAUCCACUUGCUUCUGCCUCCCAAAUGCUGGGAUUAAAGGCAUGCACCACA